AAUCGGAACAGAGUGUCCUUCUGUGUGUUAGUGUGUAUCCAAAAAGCACCUCUUAUAAUGAGAUUCUGUUCACUGUGGAAUGUAGUUGGUUGUCAUGGUGCAGUCUGUUAUUUUGCAUUCUUGUCUGAUGUUUGUAUUCUUAUUGAUGCAAAUUGCAAAUAUCCCACUUUCUAAUAUCAGACAACAUUUGACCUCAGAAACUUUGACAUUUGCAAAGCAUGGCUGUCACCGAUAUGGAAAAUUAACUACUCCGCCUUUAUGGCGCUGACUAUCAAGUGUUUGGGGGCAGUUGUGAAACCAAUCCAAUCAGCAUGGUUGGUCAACACUCAUCUUUUCAAAAUGAUUCAGCUACAGGCAUGAACCUGCCUCUCAUUACCAUACUGCUGGUCUCAGGUGUGUGCAGUCUCUCCUCCUCUGUGCCACGUCGGUUCCAUGUGGUGAAGGAACAGAAGAACUGGACAGAAGCUCAGCAGUACUGCAGAGAGGAGUUCACUGACCUCGCCACCAUAGACGACAUGACAGAGAUGGAGAAGUUGAAGAGCAUGAUCCAUGAAGCAGGUGCUGGAAAUGCUUGGAUCGGGCUGAAGCAGGGAAACAGUCCUAAGUGGCAGUGGUCUCUGGCUGACAGGGAUUUCUACAGAGAGAAUGAGACAGAGUUCAGGAACUGGGCUCAAGGCCAACCAAAUAAAAUUGGUGAAGAGUAUGUGGUUAUGAAAGAACAUGGAAAAUGGCAUGAUUUCAUGUGUAGCCACAGCUUUCCCUUCAUCUGCUAUGAUGGAGGAAACUCCACACAUGUGCUGGUCACUGAGAGGAAGAACUGGGCAGAUGCUCAGAGAUACUGCAGAGAGAACCACACAGACCUGGCCUGUGUGAGGAAUCAGACAGAGAAUGACAAGAUAGAGGACGUUAGAGGAAGUAGAGGUGCCUGGAUCGGCCUGUUCAGAGAUGCCUGGGAGUGGUCAGAUGGAAGCAGCUCCUCAUUCCGCCACUGGAACACUGGAGAACCCAAUGAUGUUGAUGGGAAGGAGUUCUGUGCUGAAAUCCAGAAUGCUUCCGGUGCUCGUUGGAACGAUAGAGGCUGUUACCAUCGUAGUCACUUUAUCUGCUAUGAAGACAAGCUGGUUCUGGUCCGUGACAAUAAGACCUGGUUAGAGGCGCUGCAGUACUGCCGAGAGCACCAUGUGGACCUGGUGUCUGUGACGUCCGAGCGGGUCCAGUGCUGGGUGAGGGAGCGGGCUAAAGGAGCCUCCACUGCUCACGUGUGGCUGGGCCUGCGUCACGCCUGCGUCUUGGGCUGGUUCUGGGUCUGUGGAGAGACCGUCUGCUACAACCACUGGGCCCCAGGACAAGAGCAAGUGGAGUCCUGCAAACACAGAGUGGGGGCAGUGGAGUCUGUAGGGGGGCAGUGGGUCAGCAACCUGACUGAGAAUGACAAAAUCAACUUCAUCUGCACCUCUUACAGAGCAGUAGGACUGGAUCCUCCCCAGUCCAGAGAAGCGUUGGAGAAACUCCUCAGGGUCCUAAAGCUCCUAUUGAUGCUCACCACUCAUUUUAGGAUAAGAAACUAACACUAAUAAGAAACGAUAUACUACCAUCACAUACAUUACUAUGAAUAUUACUAACUAACUACGAUCACAUAACAUUACUAUGAGUACAACUGACUAACUAUUAACUAUCACAUACACUACUCAAUGUACUACUCACAUACAGUACUAUGAAUAGUGUACGUGAUAGUAGUUAGUAGUUAGUCUGUAGUACUCAUAGAUUGCCAUUGAGUGCCAUUGUGUUCUUCUUCCUAGAGAGUGUAGAAAGUCAAAAUAAAGUUUAAUACCGUAAUGUUUUGUGUGGUGUUUUUUUUUAGCAAUGUCAUAUUUUGACAGCACAAAGUAUAGUUUGUCUACUUGUCAAGAUGUAUAAUUCUGUGCUGAAUGUUUGCUGUUCCUGACAUUGCUAUUUCUGAUGAUGUAAUAUGAUUAACAUUUAUUAUUCGAUAUGUAAAGUACAAAUGGGCUACUGUGUGUCACACCUCAGUCUGCCAGGAGAUGCCGCCAGAAGGCUCAAGCCCCUGGAGAUCACCCUGGGAGACCCUGUGACUGAUGAUCAUGGGGCUCACCUGUGGCUCGUUUGGUGUGGCCUUCUUAAGUCCCUGUUGUCUGCCGUUCUAUGCUCAGUCAUGGUUUUUUCGCCCUCGUGGAUGGUGGUCACGCUGCUCCUGUGCUAUCGACCCGGUCUGUAAGGAUUACUUAUUAUUUGCCUUGGAUUUUUGAACUGCUGGCCCUUUUCCUGCAUCUACUUUUGUGAAUUGAACCGGGACUUCUGUUUCUAUGUUUAUUCCUCUAUUGGAUGGUUCUUCUGUGUGUUAAGACUCUUUUGACUGAAAGACUUCUCUGAAGUGAAGCCUGUGGGCUUCUGUUUAGUUUGUUGGACAAUAAACUCUGUUGAAACCUGAUCUCUGUGGUCUCUUGCAGUUGUGCUCACCCAGUA